CUGACGAUGAUUCAAUCGUUGUCAUACAAUCUAUGAGCGACAUAAAACUGGCAAUCAAAGACACAUUUUGUAACGAGGUGGACCCCGAACUUUUCCUGCGAGUGUUGAAGAAACACAAAGAUAUCUUUAGCCAGCAAGAAGAGGAAAAUAUACGAAAUGCUGACAAACACGAAGGAGCUCUGGCAAUAUUAGACCAGUUAAUUUUGCAAGAGGAUGAUAUGAAGUUAUUAAAAGAUGUACUUAAUGACAAGGAAAUCGGCCUUUCGAACAUUGCAAAUAAAAUACAAGAAAUUACAGAUGGUCUGAGUUUGUCCAACGUUGUGCCAUCAGAAAACACCUCAGUUGAUGAAAUUCAGGGAAAUGAAUCGCAUGAAAAUGAAACAAAUUGUCAAAAUUUGUCCAACUUUGUGCCAUUAGAAGACGCCGCAGUUGCUGAAAUUCAGGGAAGUGAAUCGCCUGGAAAUGAAAUAGUUUCAAGCGACGAAAUGUUAGAUAUAAUUGGGGACAAUGAUAAGCAGAAAAGCAAACCUCAUAAACCAGAUAAUGGGAUAGAUUUGCUUCUUAUUGGUCACACUGGAAACGGUAAGAGUGAAACAGGCAAUAUGAUCCUAGGCAAAACUUGGUUUAAGGCUAACGCAAGCACAGUCUCUGUUACCAGAGAAGUUAAAACAGGUGUGGUGAAGUUCAACGGUCGAGAAAUUUUGGUUGUUGACCAGCCAGGUGUGGGAGAUACAGCCCAUAUUGAUGAUGCUAAGAAAGCAGCUGAGCUUGUAUUAAAUAACAAUAAAGAUGCCUUCGCAUUAAACUCUAGAGGAUACCACGCUUUUCUUCUAGUAGUGAAAUAUGGGGGAAGAUAUUCCAAAGAUGAUGUGGAGUGUGUUCGGCUUCUAAAGGAGAUAUUCGGACAGGACUUUUUAAGGAAUUAUUGUAUUGUAAUUGUUACUCAUGGGGAUAAUUUCAAGAGUGGUGAUGCUGAAAACCAAAAUAUUACAUUUGAGGAGUGGUGCUGCAACCAAGAAGGUCAUUUUAAAACUUUGCUAGACGAAUGCAACAACAGGGCUAUAUUGUUUGACAACAAAACGAAAGAUGAAAAAGUUAGAAAUAUACAAGUGCAGGCGCUGCUUGAUACUGUGGAUCAGCUGAAAUCGGAUGGACAACGCUACAGCUUCAACAAGUUUAAAAAAUAUGAGACCUCAAGACAAAAUUAUUUAAUUAAAGUUGCUGAACCAAAGAUACGCGAUUAUGCGUUGAACAUGUUAACAUUAUUAACUGAAGAAUUUAAUGAUUUGUCACAGAAAAAAUUACAAGAUGACAAAGUUAUUAAAAUGAACAAAACACUGCUAAAAAAAGUAUCAGAUUUAAGAAAAUACAUAUCAGAUGAAGAUAAGGAAAGCAAUAUUUUUGCUGAUCUACUCAGAAUUAUAGAUGCUUUUCAUGCCCAAAUAAUUGGAAACGUUAAUAGAAUUCAAGAACUGAAAAUAGUGAUGGAGAAAAUUGAAAAAGAAACAAAAAAACGAGAAAAAGAAAAGAGCGAUUUUGAAAAAGUUAUGAAACGCUUUGCUAAAAACAAACAAGCUCUUGAACAACAAUAUAGUUUAAGCAAAAGCCAUCUAGAAACUGAAUACAGACGAAGCAUUGAAAGCAAAGUUGGAGAUCCUACAGUACUAAAAAAAUCUCAUGAAAUAAAGCUUACAGAUCUUAAAAAGCGUCUUGAUGCUGAUUUACAAGACUUAAGGAUCAAGGAAAAUAUGGCUACAAUUUCAAAGAACAACGAAAAAUGUACUCAAUUUUUGGAUGAUCUUGAAAAGCAAAAAAAGGACGUGUCAAAGUCGUACAAUGAAUUGAUCGAGAAGCAACAACAAGAGUUCACUAAAACUGAAGCUGAUUUAAAACUUGCGAAAGAACAGAAUACAAAACUGCUUGCACUAAUCAAACAACAAGAACAAGAGCGCAUCGAAAGCCUUGAAGCGAGAUUAAAACAACUGAAAAAACAGAUUGAUGACGACCCAACGAGUGUUGACGAUGAACGGAAAAUAGCCUUACAAAAGGAACUUGAUCAGUUGUACAAAGAAUAUACAAAAUACUUAAAAGUAAAUAGAUGUGUAAUAUUGUAGUCAGACAAAAAUAAAACACAUAAUUUGGAGUCACUUUUAUUAUAUAUAUGUAU